UAUGCAGGUUCUUUUGAUAACAAUGAAAGAGUUCAUACGCGAGUCUUGCAGACAGUUUAUAAAAAACUGACUGGCUCCAGAUUUGACUGCUCACGGUAUGGCUCACACUGGGAGGAAGUGGGAUUCCAGGGUGUGGAUCCAGCAACAGAUCUUCGUGGAACAGGCUUCUUGGGGCUGAUGCAAGUUCUCUACCUUAUUAUGAAUCCACAAACGUUGCCUCUUGCACAUAGUAUCUAUAAACUCUCUCAGCAUCAAUCUCAGAAUUUCCCAUUUUGUGCAAUGUCCAUCAACAUUACACGGAUAACCAUUCAGACCCUCCGGGAAGAGUGCCUUAACAAGGAGUGCAACCGUAGAAAGCAGGUGGUUGGUGUGGUAAAUGAUUUAUAUGUAGCAGCUUUUCUGCACCUGUACCAUAUCUGGAAAACCCAAAACAAAACCAUCUCCGAUUCAGGUCUUGUACUGAAAGGCUUUUACUUUUCCCGUGUCAGUGACAUAAAUAAGAGAACAUCCAGAAAUCAGUCCCAAAUCCUAGAACUUCCAGAAGUCUACCCCUGUGGCAGAGAUAAACAGAAGAAAGAAACAGUAUGUGAAUCAAGUGGCACAUCUUUUGCAUCUACAUCCAUAAGUAUCAACACUGCAGAUCUCGUCGACUGCAUAACAAAGUCAGAUCACAGCAACAGCAGUGAGGGUCAUUCUGGUGUUACACUUCUGAACACUACAACAGAGAAAAGCAGAGAAAACAUAAAGCCUGAAAGUGCAGUGACCCACAGCUCACGCUCCAAGCGGAUUCGUACAUCUUUUACUUAUCAACAGUUGUUGGUUUUGGAGGCCACAUUCCAGGCCAGCCAAUACAUCUCAGUAUAUCAACGAUUAAGUUUGGCUUCUGCACUGCAAUUGACAGAGACAAAAGUAAAAAUCUGGUUUCAAAACAGAAGAACAAAGUGGAAGAAGCAAAAAGAAGAGAAGGACAGUUUGGACUCCGAUAGUACAAAUCAAGGUAGCUGCUUUCUGAGCAGCAGACAGCUUCAGCCUAGUCUCUGCUGCUGUAGCAUGCCAGGCUCUACAUAUAACCGCGAGAUAAUGUUGACGGGUAGUCACAGCAGUCUCUUUCCAGUUACAUUUCCCUUCCGUACUGCUGUAAUUUAAAAUCUACAGGAAACUUUUUUUUUUAUUUUAAAGCAGAAAUAACAUAUAUUCAUUAUUUAUAUAACAUAUCUUAUUUCUGGCUGGUUUUCUUUUUUUGCUGUAAAGCCUCUUUGUAUACAAAUAAAAGGUGAUGUAAUUUAUUCCAAAUGACAUGUGGGUAGCUGGAGAUAUGGAAAUGGAACUGCGAACAUGAAAAUAAUUAAACUAUUUGCAUGAUUUGCUGCUGUAAAGCAGUAAUUGUUUGAUAAACCAUAACAGUUCAUAUGAACAUGUUCAAGUACAUAAAUGUUACUGGCCAGUGGCUGUUUAUUAUUUACUAGCAACUGCAGAAAGAGUGACCUUCCAUUAACCUACCCCAUUACUGUACACAUGCUACUACUCUUUCACCUAGGAGUCUGUAAGAUUAUGACUUGGAUUAGCAUAUCAUGACUGCAAAAAAAAAAAAAAAAAAAAAGUCUCACUCCCAGAGCAAAACUAUUCCAUCAUAGAAAGUACAAAAAUGCACAUCAGCCUUGUUUUCUAUUAUUUAAAAAUAUAUCUGGUGUAUUUUUGUGCAGCAACUGCAUGGUAUCUGUUGCUAGGUAUAGUUGCCUUCUAGGUGUUGCUGGGCCCAGUAGACUGUGGUCACUGUAUAACACUAAGUGGAUGUAAUUUAGUUUUUCAUGCAUAGUAGUACACUUUGAGAAGACAACGGAAUACCUUACAUAACAGAACUGCCAUUCUCCUGUGAAUAUCAGCACAAUAAAAUAUUCUAGUUUAUUUGUAUGAUAACAUAAAAGUCUGUUUUUUUAUUUUCAGAUUUGAGAAAUGAGGUUCAGAAACUUGAAGAAUUUUAAUUUUCAAUAAAAUGUUGGGGAUACCUGUGUACAUCUUAUCAACCACAGACUAGAUUAUUUCAUGAAAGUGUGUCGAUGUAUAAUGUAACCCGUGCAAUU